ACGUUUUGCGGCUUAAUAUUUACAAAUAGGAGUGGGAGUGUGCUCACUUGUGUGUGCGCUUACGUUUGUGUGUGUGCGCGCGUGUGUGUGUGUGUGUGUGCGCGCGAACCGGGGCGGAACUCCGCUGUGCGCGCGAUACAGAGAGCGCGACCAUGUAACGUAGAGACAGAAAUGACUUGCCGAUUUCCAUUGGGAAGCUUCUUAAAAAUUAAUUUUCCCUGAAGCAAACCCGGCUGCUUCACAGCUGCAUCCGUGUUAGCACGCAUACACACAGGUUCGAAGACUCGUUCUCGCCCCCUACAGUGCAAUUCGGCUAGGUAUACAUCCGCGCUAAAAUAUCAAGGUGAAAGUCAUCAUAGCUUGCGUAGUAUAGACCCAGCUCCCAACCCAACUUUGAGAAUAGAUUAACGGCGAUAUUUUUUUUUAUCGCCCGAUAAGAGUCUCACGUUAACGCAGCACGUUAACGCCGAUAGCGGCCCACCACUAAUAUAUAUAUACAUAGAUGCCUCAUUAGCGACGGUUUCUAUGAGCCGUACAUAUUCUAUGUAUAUAUAUAUAUGCAUAGAGGUUGUGGAUGAGCUCAGGAUGGUUGGACACUGCGGUGUAUCAGAGGUAAAAAAUGAUAUAAAUACUGUUCAGUUUCUCGCACAAACAGAUCGUUUCAUGUCUUAGGACAUCAGUGUAUCGUCACGAGCCGCAAGGUUUAAUUUGGAAUUGUCUGUGCAUGUUUUUUUCUCUCUCAAAGAUUGUGUGCCCAUUGACUGGCAUUAUAGGACUGACAGACUGCAACGGUUUGAGUUAAAAAUCUUUAUGUGCAUAAUAGCGUUUAAACUGUAAAAUUCACGGCCAUCAUGUCAUGUUUGUAGCAUGUUCCAGUGCCAAAUGAACAUGGAGGCCUGCACUCUCUACUUCAAAGCAAAGCAGCAGUUAUCUGAGGAGAGCUGAGAAAGAGUCCAGGAGACUGCUUGUCAAAGUUUGUGUCAGUCACUUGGUGGAGAAGGGUGACUUUUACCCAUCAAGUGCUGAAAAGCUUGUUUUUGUCACUACUUUCACAUCUUUGCUGGGUCCACCAAAGGAAAAGGAGAUGGAUUUGUAAGUAAUAUGUAAUUAAUUUCUAAAACCGCCAAAUGUGUUUUAUUUUUACUCUGAAAGAACAUUUUGGUUUUUGCAUUCCUUGACUGUUGUCAGUUGGCCUUUACAUUUCUCAUGAUAAACUAUCAGUCGACGGUAGCCACUGACUUCCAUAGUACUUUUCUUUGCAGCUAUGGAAGUCAAAGGCUACUGUCAACUGUCUGAUGACCAGCAUUCUUUAAAAAUAUAUUUUAUGCUUAGCAGAAGAAAGAAACUCAUACAGGUUUGGAACAACAUGAGGGGGAGUAACAACAACAGUAACAAUAACAUCAUUUUCAUUUUUGGGUGAAAUAUUUAUUUUUUAACAGACAAUGCAAAAGUUCUGAUAUUGUUAGUAACACUGUUUUUUUCUUUUUUUAUAUAUAUAUAAAUAUAUAUGGAAGACCAAGCAGAUGAUGAAAAGUGCUACCCAAUGCUGGUUGUUCUGGCAUAUCUUCUGCCACCUUUGCCUGGAAGUCGCUGCAGUGUUAAAUAGGAAAUUUCUUUCCUUCAAUUUCCUUUUGUACCGUAGAUGGAGAGAGCCCUCCAUCAGCCUCCUCAGCUACUGUCAGUCACAUCAAGAUCGAGCCAAUCAGUACCAUGGACCUUUAGGAGCAGUAAUGGCAACUUGCUGUACCUCUCGCUCUGAUUGGAUAGACUUGUAGCAUGCGUUCCCUACGUAAGACUGUGCUGUUAGCUCUGGUAGCAUCAGUGGUGCUGGUUUUGGCAGUGCUACAUUCCUGGCCCACACGGGUCUACAGCACUGUGGAUGUCCGGUACAGACCGGGUCCUGGAGCUGAGCGGCUGCUGGAGGAGAGACUUCCUGAACCGGAUCCCAGCACUAGCACCAUCCCUUACAGAGUGAGGGAAAGUGUGGCCAGGCUUUUGGCUCGCAACGGGUGCGUUUGUGAAGGAGAGAGCAGAGGAGUCAACCUACCCUUUGCUCAGCUGUUGUUCCCUAGAGUGUCUGCCCAUCCCCUGCACACUGCCUUCCAGGCCUCCCAGCUCCAUGAGAUGAAGAAACGGCGUGCCAAAGAGUAUCAGAGCUUCCAAAUGAGGUCGCAGACCCCUGCUGAUCUGCUGAUUGUAGCUGAAGCUAACAACCCUUUGCAGUACCCAACACAGGGUGUGGAGGUUCGGCCACUUAAAACUAUCCUUAUACCAGGUUUGGCCUUAAAAGAGCUGCCCCGAGAUGUAUAUACUCUGAACUUUUCAGCAUCGCUGGGCACAUUUAAUGUGGCAGCAGAAGUGGAGGGGGUAAAGGUGAGGGGGGAUGGCGAGAUGCACAUGACCCUGAGCAGUACCAUUUUGUCCAGUCUGAAUCGACAGCUUCAGUUUAUCACAUAUACUAACACCCUGUUCCACCCCAGCACAGCUGACACAGUGCAGUUAGACACAGAAGGACAUCAAGCUCUUUUUACCAUCAAGAUCCGUCAUGGAGUAACACCGAAACUCUACAACACAGGAUCUGAUGCAGAUAAAGAGUACAACAUCAGCGCUCUCGUGACCAUAGCAACUAAAACCUUCCUGCGCUAUGACAAGCUCCAAGAUUUAAUUGACAGCAUACGACAGUACUAUCCAACAGUUACAAUAGUGAUAGCAGAUGACAGUGAACACCCAAAAACAGUAUCAGGCCCUUAUAUCGAACAUUACAUCAUGCCCUUUGGAAAGGGCUGGUUUGCUGGUCGUAACCUGGCCGUGUCACAGGUCACUACCAAAUAUGUGCUGUGGGUGGAUGAUGACUUUAUCUUUACUGCCAACACAAAGCUGGAGAAGCUGGUGGAUGUGCUGGAGAAAACCACACUUGACCUGGUUGGAGGAGCAGUGCGUGAAGCCACAGGCUACACUGCCACCUACAGGCAGACGAUUUCAAUUGAAGCUGGAGAGGAAGACGGGGACUGUCUGCACAUGCGGAGAGGCUUCCAUCACAUCAUCCAGGGAUUUCCUCACUGUGUUGUCACUGAUGGAGUCAUCAAUUUCUUUCUUGCCAGGACAGAUAAAGUGCAGCAGGUGGGCUUUGACCCCCGACUAGCCCGUGUUGCGCAUUUGGAGUUUUUUAUUGAUGGGCUCGGCUCCCUGCAUGUUGGGUCUUGUGAUGAUGUCAUCGUGAACCACGCCACCAAGAUCAAGCUGCCGUGGGGCCAGUCGGAAAGCGACAAAACUUAUGCGAAGUUCCGUUACCCUCCUGCUUCAUCCGACGCGGCACACACCAAAAAUGGCCUCUUGUACUUCAAAAACCGCUUCCAGUGUCUAACACACAACUGAACACUCCCUGACUAUGCCUUCUUCCCUCUCUCUCAUCCUCCCUCAAACGAACACUCUCUCCCUGAGUAGCUAAAGGGGCCUGUGAAGACACUGGAAAUGUGCUGUGGAUGUACUGUAUAUGGUCCCAUGUGAGUAUGGGGGAGUUCAAAUAGGCUUCUUCUUUUGGAAAGGGUCAUAAUGUGAUCAAACAUGACUGACGGAUGAGAUGCGCAGUGAUGGCUGAUUAAGAUUUUUUUGAUACCUGAAGAUGUCGUAUUUUUGUGUCUCCUUUCUUUAGCUUUAUUUUUGUUCAGAAGAAUUCUUUAGAUACAGAUCAAACCAUUUCGUAAAUUAUGUACAGCCGUCGUCUUCUCCUCAGCCAAUCAUGUUUCAGUAUCACAUUUAAAGGGAUAGUGAGACCAAAAAUGGAUUCUGUCAUCAUUUACUCACGCGGAUGUUGUUUCAGACUUAAGGAGAUGUUCAAGCUCCUUAAAUUAUGACAGAAUUGUCAUUUUUGAGUGAACUAGUCCUUUAACUGAUGAGAAUGCAGAAUGAAGAGAAGACUGCAGAGGUAAACAUUUUUAACUAUGACUUUUAGAAUUUUUAAAUCCAGUUAAAGGGAGGCACCUUCUUUGGGACAUUCACAUGGAAUGUCACAUCAGCUCCCUGCCUGGCAUUAAUCGUGUGUGUACUUGUGUAUGUUUGUCUGGGUGCGUUUUAUUGAGGGUCAACUCUCUGUACGUUUGCACUAAAACAAAUGGACUUCAAUUGGAGAGACCCGACCCUCAGUGUCACUAAAAGAAAGAACAGACUGAACAUCAUUAGCAAGCUAAAACCACAGACAAUCCAACACAUCACUUUCAUUCUCUCUCUUUCCCCCUCACAUACACACUCUGACAGAUUUCUCAGUGAGAGGUGAAGGGGUGAUUCAUUGUACAUCAGUAAAAUCUGAAUUUGAUAUUUUUUUCUGUUCUAAAGAGUGACUGUGCCAAAGGCUUAAUCACUGUCCUGGUAUGACUUGUUUGUUUGUACUUUUUUUUAUUUUAUUUUAUUUUAUUUUUUUUAUUUCCUUUAUUCUGGGGUCUUUCUAAGAUUGUGUCCUACUGUACUGAAGCAUGCAGCCUGGUUUCAAUUGCAGCCAGAUGUGAAGCAGCAAUGUCCAAUGCUGCCUUUAAAUAAAUUUUUAGUUAGCAGUCACACAUCAUAAGCAUAUAUUCCAAAGGCAGUUACUGUAAAGGCUUUAUUUAUUUAUUUGAGCUGGAUUUCAUCCAAAGCUAGUUUUUUUUUUUUUCAGUCCAGUGGCUGAGAUAUGGCUGAGAUAACUAACCUUACUAAAUUUAAAAAAAGCAACAUUAAUAGACUUUUCAGAGUAGAUGGCACAGAUGUGCAAAAAACAAAAAAUAUUAUCAAAUAAAAUGUUUAAUGAAAUGUUAGGCUAUAUUUACAGCAUCAGUUAAAAAUAUGGACACACCUGAUACUUUAUUCAUUCUAAUUAUUUCUCACAUAUUACAAUACAUUUUGUGAUGAAAAUGUCAAAUCUAAAAAAAAAAAUCUAAAUUAAAUUUUAUAUUCUAGCUUCUUUAAAGUAGUCAAACUCUGCCCAGUAAUCCAUUAAAAACUUUUAAGAAAUUAGGUUUUUAAAGACAUUCAUAAACAGACACUAUGUAUAUUUCUCAACAGAAAUUGACCUUUAAGAUCAAACAGUAAUGCUAAACAAUUUAAAUGUGUUCAAACCUUGAAUUGUACUCUAUAUUUGAUAGAAAUAAAUAAUUAAAAAAAAACCUGGACUGUAUGCAGCCACCUUCUGUAGAGUAAAAGCACGUAAGAUGCCAAUGUAAUUGCUGUCUAAUCCAAUUUACAGUACAGCAUCCUCGUGCAUAAUUUUAGUUAUGUUUGCAUAUUGUUUGAUUUAUGUGUGUGUGUGUGUGUGUGUGUGUGAGAGAGAGAUAUAAGUGUUUUUUUAAACUACAUCAAGUGGGCUUUACAUUGUCGCUCAUGAACAGCAUGAGGCCCUAAUGACUGUUUGCUGCAUUAUCCAUUGAACCACACAUUCUGUUAUAAUGUUCAACAUUAUGGCCUUGUCAAAGUGUGUGCGAGUAUGCAAUAGUUUUCCCCUACCUUUCUGUUACAUCCUGUCUAAAAACAGUGCCAUACAGGAGUAAAUAAUUGUAAGAUUGUCCAGCAAGCCUUAAAAGAGGUCAAGCAAGUGAAAGAACACAGUAUGAAAAAAAACUAGAGGUUCAGUAUAAAAAUCACAGGUUAAAUAUAACAAGCAAUGGUGUAAAACGGAAUUGAAAACUAACUCUUGUGCACUUGUUUUGUAUCUUGAAUGCCAUAUGAUGCCCCUCAAAACAGAAAAAAGGUAUAAAAUCCUUUUAAAUUGUUCUUUAUCACUCUCUACCAGUCACUGAGCUUGUUUCAGUCCUGAAAAAGACAAGUGAAGGAUGCAGUCCUGCAAAACUAAGUAUAGAGCUGCUAUGAUUCUGUUUGGAGAAUGCAUCCAUUUAUCUGCCCUGCAUAUUCAGGUGUAAGCAUGAGCGCAAGGUCAAAAAGGAGCAUGUAAAAGCAUUGGUGUAAGCCUACUUGACUCUUAUGGUUAGUUUCAGGUGAGAUUAAUAUGAUGGGGGCUUGAACAGAUAUAGGAAGCUGAAUAUCUGAUUUUCUGGCUGCGUAUUAAAUGAUGAGAUUGACUUUUUGAUGAUACUAUUUCUCAAAAACCUCCCUGCUUCCUCCUUACUUCACUGCAAUGAUUCUGUCUCCUCAUCUUUGGGUUUCUCACUGUGUCUGCAUGACUCCUAAUUUCUGUUGGUGUUUUUUUUCGUAUCUCCACCAGUAGGUAGCUUAUUCUCUGACCAUCAAAAAAGUGUGGCUGCCUAUUGAUCAUUUUUUAAAAGAACAUAAUGUAGUAUGCAAAAGUCCCUUAAAUAUAAAAGGGAAAAAAAAAAAAUUCCUUUUUGUAAAUGUAAGAAAACGCAUUUGUUGUCGAAUGGAAUGAGAUAAAGGCUUUGGUGAUAACA